GGGAGGGGGGUACCCCAAUAUCUGGGCCUAAGAAUUGAGGAGCGGGCGGGUGGGGAAGGUGGAGGAUCCGCAAACGGAGUCUCGGGAGUCGAGGUGACUGAGUGUCGACGGGGCUGAGCAAAAGAAGGGCGUAGAGGAAGGGGCUGCCAUGGAGACUCGGGGUCGAGCGUGAACGGAGUCGCCGGAGCAUGGGAGGAGGCGCGGGAGGCGGGUGGGGCCCGACUUGCCUUCCUGCUUCUGGAGCCCUGCUGGCUCCGGUUGCGUCGAGCUGGACAGUUCAUGGCUGAGAAUCGGCUUCCGGCUCCGGACCCAGAGGCUUGGCUAAGAGUUUCCAGUUGUCCAGGAAGAUGCCAGAAGAGCUCUCGACAUCCUGGAAAACAGCCCUUUUCUGGAAAAUCUUUUUAUUUGGACCUCCCUGCUGGCAAGAAUUUCCAGUUUUUAACUGAGGCCAUCCAGAAGCUGGGUGGGGUAAUUGAGGGUUUUCUGAGCAAAGAAGUAAGUUACAUUGUGUCCAACCGCAGAGAAGCAAAGGCAGAGAGUGGUGGGACAAGCCACAGAGGUGGCCCCAGCCCCCGUGAGGUCAGAAUGGACUCAUUCUCCAUGGAUGAUCCAAGAGGCAGCCACACCAGGACUUCCCAGAAACGCAUGCCCUUGGUGCCUUUGAGCAGAGGAAAGGAGCUACUGCAGAAAGCCAUAAGAAACCAGAGAAGCAACACUGGAGGCCCCAGUGGAAGCAGCAGCCUUCUGAUGAAUGCCCGCUCCUGGGGAGUGAAGGUCCUGCAUGUAGACGAAAUGAUGGUGCAUGUGCAGCAGCUGUCUCUCAACUCUUCAUGUGUGAAGAAACAGGAACCAGACAAGCCACAGGGAACACAUCCAGGAUCAGAGUCAAGAACACAGAAAGUGGUCAGACUAAAGGCACCAUUCCUCAAAAUCGAAGAUGUAAGCAGGAAGUUUCGUCCUUCCCACCUUCAGUUUAGAUCCUUUCCUGAAAUUUCUUUUCUGGGACCCAAAGAUGCAAGUCCCUUUGAGGUUCCGACAACCCCAGGCAGUUCUCACCAUACCAGAGGACUCAAGGACCUGAAGCCGUGCGUGCAGUCGACUGCGCCCACCACGCCCAGAAGGAGGAAGGGGUUCUGUGAGUGCUGCCAGGUGGCCUUUACGGAGCUCCGCCUGCAUCUUCAGAGUGCCCAGCACCAGACCUUCGCCCUCGACCCUGGUCCGUAUGCAGAAGUUGAUCGGAUCAUCGCCCAGCUCAGUCAUUCUUUUCCAGACAUCCCCUCUCAGGCUGGCCUCCCCAGGCUAUCAGGUUCCGUGGAUUCUGAGUGUGACCUGCUCUCUCUUGAGACUCCAUCCCCUCCCCAGCAGCUGUCCCAUCUCAAGGCAGCAUCUCCCAGGAUGAAGAAGGAAGAUGGUGGCCAAGGCUCAGGUACCCCAAAGGAAAAUAGGACAGUGGACGGCUGGAGCGACCCAGCUGAAUCUGCGGGGACUGGUGAGGCGCCAGGGCCAGAAGUUAACUGCCAGGAGCUGGAGGGUCCAGUUGAUGGGCCUGUGGACCCACCAAGGAUACCACUGUCCGAGAGCCCUGCUUGCCAGUACCUUCCUACUAGCUCUGCUCCUAUGCCCUUCUCUGACCCAGACCUGGCACUUGCUGGCCACAAGCGGAAAGUCCAGUUUCACAGUGGCAAUGCUGAGAAAAAACCAGGGCCUUGCUGGUCACUUGCCUCAGUUUCUCUUCCAAGAGCCCCCAGCUCCUGCAGUGCCAAGACGACUGGUAGCAAAGAUGGUCUCUCCCUUUGCGUUCCAGGCUCCUGUCCCUGGCAGCCCUUAGAUAGACCCGCAGAGCUUCAAACCACACAGUCUCCUCAGCCUGAGGAAAGAUGGCCGCUAGACUCUAAGGGUGCUGAGCAGACAGCCCCUGACCUUGUUCUCGAACAGACUGUCCGGCUCCCGGGCUGCUCCCCCGCCCUAUGCCAGCCGUCAGCCCACCUGCACUCCGCAGCGGGAGAGCCUUUGGAGAUGUGGUCCUCCUUGCUGCCCCACUCUGCCAGCCAGUACAGGAGCCCGUUGCUCCCCGUGGCUUUGGGACUCUCGUUCUCUCCAACUGUCCUGUCUCCCUGUGCCCCAGGUUCAGCUCUCACUCAGUGCUGGGCCACAGACAUAGGGUCUCCCUCUGCUCGGUGCUGUCUACUAGCCAGGGACGAGCCUGGAUCACCCCAAAAGAUCCAGAAGGAGUCCCAGACCUGGCCUUUGUCACUCAAGUAAGCAGCUGUCAUGCUUAGCUGUAUGGAGUCUGCCACGGGUCAUCCAUUCUGCAACCUCCAGCCAUGAUCCUAACCAGGAAGAAGUGUACAGUGGCCUUGGCCAGCACAGCCAACAGUCCACACCAAGAGGCAAAGACAAGGAUGUCAUCGUGAGGGACCACAAAGAAAUGGGAGCAGUGGGCGCUUGGCUCAGCUUCCUGCCACCCCUUCCCUCCAACCAGGCACUUGCCGCCUUGUGGAGUGGAGGGUUAGAUGUUGGUGUUGCCCACCCCCACCCCAGCCUCCUUUCCCACAAGCCUGUGGUCUCUCCUGCUCUGAAAUGCCUGUUGUGUCCCCUCCCCCAGCCCCCCACGCUCACACACAGAUUCUCAGGAACAUAUGAAGCAGAGGAGGGGCUUCGGCUCAGCACUUACAGCACUCCUCCCCCAUGCACUCUAGUUGGGGCCCAGCACUGACCUUUCCCCUGAGCCCAGGAUAUGGCCAGAGCCCCUCGGGGGAGCCUUCUCAGCUCCUCUCUGCCGCCUCAGCCCGAGCUGCCCACCGAGCUCCGCUAUUGCAGGGUCGGCGUCUUACCUGCCAACCUACACAUCUCCCCCUUCCUCCCUCCUUCCCCAAGGAUCUCCCCCCAUUUCUUAAAGCCAAGCCAUUAAUCUAGAGACAGAAAUGGGCUUGCUAUCGAUUCUCUGGCCACUCUUUGUUGUUUUUUUUUAAUUACGAAUUGUUCUGUGGCUCUUCUCACCCUGUCUGCUGCUGUGCGUUUGUCUUUAACUGUUGAGGCUGCCAGAAGUCUGGUGCUAUUCUGUGCUCCCUUUUCAAAGGAAGAAAAGGGGGCCUAGCUGUGGGGUGAGGACCUGAGUUGUUAGAUGGAAAUGGAGCAACUGUGUGCACCAUAGUCCUUAGAGGCCCAGUUUGGCCUUUUUAUGCCAUUCCUGUUAGGUUCUACAGUCUUGAUUCAGGAAAUGUAAAUAAAUUUGUUACUAACAUACAACAAAGAGAUGGGACAGGAGUGCACUGUGUUGGUCUCCAGUCUGCACUUCAGUGACCUCAGGCAGUGGCCAGGGUCCAGCAUGCUGCUAUCCAGGGUAACUGAAGAAUAGGUUGGGCUUCAGCAAGUGGAGGCUGAGUGAGUGCCACCACCCUCCUGCUACCCACUCAGAACCCAUGGCACCAAGAUCUGACACCCUCCUCACCCUUGCCAAGGCCCACCCCACUACCCAUCUGGCCCUUCUCAACAAAUAUGAGCAUGGACAUCUCUGCCAGGCUAAAAUCUCAGUGCUACUAGGCUGUUAAUUUUAGGGGGGAAUCCUGAACACCAAAGACCUGACCAGGACUCACAGGGUCUGCCUGACACAAGCCAGGUCCUUCCUCUCCAUACCUCAACUCCACUUUCCAUUGCUGCCGUCCCCUCCCUGCCUGCAGAUGACCUUGACUCAGUAGUUCUUUGUAACCGUGCCCCCUUCAUCAUGAUGUCGCCCUUUGCUUCUCAUUUGCAUCAGUGUCUCCAAGUCUCGCCAGCCCAGCGUUCAUUGUGCCUGGCUGCCCUUAGGUUUCUUCUCAGACUCGCCACCUUUCCUUUGCUAGAAAACUUGAUGCUCAGGGCUGGAGAGAAGGCUUAGCAGCUAAGGCACUUGC